AUGGAGGUCGCGGUGGUCGUCGGGCCGAUAGUGAAGCUCUUGCCGAAGCUCCUAUCGGUGAUAGAUGGGAAGAGGAAGCAGCUGGACAACCUGGAGGUCGACGCUGGAUUCAUCCGGCGCGACCUGCAGUCGAUCCAAGAAAUCAUUGGCCGCUCGAAUGGCGGCAGAUCCAUCACGGACCUCUGGGUCCGAGAUCUCAGGCGCUUGGCGGACGACAUGGAAGACUGCAUCGAUCGCUUCCAGGUCGGGAAGAUGAGCAGAAUCAGUUUCGUCGGGAAGAUCUGCAAGCUGAAGAAGCGGUCAAAGGAGACUCUCGAGCAGCUACAGAACUGCAUCAGCAUCGCCGGCGCCGCCGCACCUGCACCUGAUCCCCCCGCUGCAGCUGGGGGCACUGAUCAGGAUCCGGAAGAGCAACUUCUUGGCCUGCUUGCGCGGAGCCAAUCGGAGGGGAAUCUCAAAGUCAUCUCCGUCGCCGGCUUCAGUGGAGUAGGUAUGACUCACCUUGCCCACAAGGUUUACAGUGACAGGGAUGUGCGCAGCCAGUUCCCUCUGCACGCCUGGGUUCGUGCAGCACCGGGCAUGAGUGUGCUCAAGCUUCUUCAGAAAAUACAUGACCAACUGCUGUUAAUCAGUAUUGCCAAGAAUCAUGGUGCGACUGCCUCCAGCUCCAAAAUCAUACCACAAGUCAACGGAGAUGCUGAACAUGCCGCAAGUGACCACCUGCUCGCUGGACUACUCAAGACCGGAAGGUAUUUGAUUGUGAUUGAUGGCGUUAAUACACAUGAGUUGUAUGACGUACUAUCUGCGUUCUCUUGGGCUGAUGGAAUGGACGGCAGAAUUAUCAUGACGACGACCAUUCAACUACCAGCAGCGACAUGCUGCAAAUGUGGCAAUGGUUCAUCACUUGCUAUGGAUAGCACAAGCCAGGUUUUCAUUGGGGAGCUGACAGAAAGUGGAUUUGUGGAGGCCUGCCUCCAUCUUCGUGAUGACACAGUGGCAAGAAUGCACCGCAGCAACAACGAGAUCCUAUCCAGCCCUGUUGUCCAGGACUUAUUGCUGUAUUUUUGCAUGUUCCCUCGUGAUCAUCCUGUCAGGAGGAAUCCCCUGAUAAGGCGAUGGCUGGCUGAAGGACUUGUGUUUCCUCAACCUGAAACAGAGAAUUUUUCCCAGGAUGUUGCGAUCAAGAAUUUGGAGAGCCUCAUCAGCCGCAACAUCAUUCAGCCCAUUCAAGUGAGGACCUAUGGAAAUGUGAAGAAAUGCCAAACUUCUGGGAUAAUGCUCAACUCCAUUUCCAGCAAAUCCAGGUCACAGAAUUUCAUCACCAUGUUGUGUGGUGGCCAGACAACAGAGAAGAAUCUGCCAGGCAAAGAGAUUCGCCGGCUUUCCCUCCAUCUUAAUGGUGCGGCAAAUGGGCCACUGAAUUUGCCAAAGGAGUUAUCUCGUCUCCAUACUCUGGCAGUAUUCCCUGAUGAUACAAAUGUCACCAGGUAUCAAGCUAAUUUGAAUUAUGCCGAGUAUAAGCUACUGCGGGUUUUGGACCUCAAAGAAUGUGCUGAUGUGAAAGCACAACAUGUUGGCAAAAUAUGUGACCUGUUGUUGCUCAAAUAUCUGAGCCUCGGAGACAGUAUUGACAAGGUUCCAAGGAAAAUAGCGAAGCUAAAAUGGUUGGAGACUCUUGACAUGAGGAGAACCCAGGUAGUGAUGUUGCCAAUUGAAGUCCUCCACCUCCCCGGGUUGAAACACCUCCUUGGAAAGUUUCAGUUACUUGAAGGUGACUGCACACAUAAGAAGCUAGAGAAGCUCUUGUCAGAAGAUAGUGAAUUGCAGAGGCUUUCUGGAUUUGUCACUGACAAAAACGAAGGGUUUGCGCAGCUGAUGAGUCGCAUGGGGAAGUUGAGGAAGGUGAAAAUAUGGUGCGAUUCCACUGCAGAUGUGACGAAACUGGUUCAUGUUUUAGGGGCCACGGAGAAAUUCAUUGGCGGAGGCCUGGAUAUGACAAGAGUUGACCGUUCCUUAUCUAUCGACCUCCAAGGAUGCCCAACAGAAUGCUCAGAACAAUUCAUGGAUUCUCUGCAAGCUACAGGCCGUCUUACCUCGCUCAAAUUGCGCGGAAAGCUGAUGCGACUCCCUCGGUUCAAGGCAAAGCUGAACUACAUUGAGGAGUUGUGCCUCUCAAGAACUAAUCUGAGCGGGGACACAAUCCUAGAUGGCCUGUCUGAACUUAGAAUGACACUUAAGUAUCUCAAACUGGUAGAAGAUAAGCUUGGGCACUUGGUCAUAAAACCAGAGCAUUUCCGAAGCCUGAAGGGGUUAUGCCUUGUGGGCGAGCAAAGUAUGGAGGACAUAACAAUCCAAGAUGAAGCUAUGCCGUACCUUGUGUCACUUCAUAUGCUUUGUGAAGGUCUAGGUAAUCUUCCUGGCGUCGACAUCACACACAUGGCAAGGCUAAAAGAAGUCGCGCUCCAUUCUGGAGUACAAGAGACGAUAAAGGAUGGUUGGCAAACAGCUGCAAUGAACCAUCCUAACAGGCCCAACGUUUUGUUUAUCCACCAUGCUAACUCCUCACCUAGAGACUCUCUGCCGUGCGAAGCAACAGGGGAAAUUGCAAAUCGGACCAAACCUAUUGGGAGAAAAUUCACCGCCUCCAUCAUGGGUGGCAUCUUUGGUUGUGCAUGGCCAAGAUCCUGA